AUUGAAAUUAUAAAUGUACCCCAGCAAACACCAAAUAUAAAUGCAAUAUAACGUGAGAGUAACAUGUAAUAUAACAGACGUUACACUCUAUUUAUAUUAUAGUUACGAAACUUUACUACAUAUAUGUGAUGUAACAAAGUUAUGAAGCUAUAAUAUUACUUCGUUAUUUGUAUGUUACAAUAACCGGACAGUGAUGUAACCACAAUGUUGCGUGGUUACACAACAAUUGUUUUACUUAUGUUAUAUAAAUAUUAUAAAAUUUGAAUCUUGUGAGACUCUAACCUCAAUCGCACAACGUACAUCUCGUGCAUUAGGCGCGCUUUCCCCUAGUGGAUGCUAUAAUGACGAAAGAGAGACGUUAUUUUCUUGCAACUUGACUUUAAUCAGGAUUCUGCCAAUUAUUCUUACAUCAUUCGGACAACUGUUCUUCUUAAAAUUUAAAAGAACGUAAAGAAUAACUGAAGUUUAUAAAAGUUGAAGAAAUUUUCACAAGGAUUAGAACAGGUAAGAAUAAAUUAUAGCCAUUAUAUGUUUUUAGAAUAAAACCCAGCAAAUUAGAGAUAGGAAUAAUCAAAUGUUCCUUCUCAAGUUCCACUUUUGUGCACAUUUCCAGAAUAAUCAUACGCACAUUCACUGGUCAUUCUUAAAUUAUUCUAUAAAUAAAAAUAUCUUAUUUUGUCUUUCGUCUCAUAUAUGCCUAUUUUGUAGUCUUUCGUCUUAUAUAUGCCUCAAUUUACAAACAAUUAAGUUAGAGAAUCAAAAAUAUAAAUAAAAAUUCUGAAUGUGAUCAUUGUGAAUGUAUGAAAAGAAUUGUAUUAAUUAGAAUAAAUUAUUUUGGGAACAACAGAGUAUUUAAAUACUUACUUUUUAGUUUUUAAUGUAACUAAGAGCUUUAUCAGUAUAAUUCUGAGGCGUAUAUCUGGCUGACACAAAAUGCAUAACAGUUACUAAAUGACUAAGACCUACAGAUAAUCUUUGACAUUCAUAAACAUAUUUCCUAUAUUACAGCCUGCGACCACAUCAUCGGCAGAAAACUGAACUCAAAUGGAAGCGCUUGCACUCAUGUCACUAUCAUGUCCUGACAAUUUCGGAUUUUAUAAAAGUAUAGGAGACGUGAUUGACGUUGAGAUUGUGAUUGACAGCUGGAGCAAAGCUAUAAUUUAGUUCAACAUUACGUGAAGUUUAUUUAAUGUUUUUCUCUUAUUUUCCCUCGUUUUUUAUGUUUUUAAAAAUUAUUUUUAAAAUAUAUUUACUAAUAAUCAUAAAGUAUAAUAUGUAUACAUUUGUUUAGAUAUAAGUUUAUUUUGUUGAUAAAUAUAUGUGUUAAAUAUAUUAAGAAGUUUAUUGAAAAGACUAUUUUUAAUGUUAUCUUUUUCCUUUAUAAUUAUAUCUAUCCUUUAUAAUUUUAGAACUUACAAUUUUCAGGAAGUCAAGUUCUUAAAUUAAUUUUACAUAAAACAACGAAAUUGCAUUCAAAAGUAUUUUUUGUUUUAUGUAAACUUAAUUUAAGUACUUAACCUCCUGGGAAUUAUGUGCUAAAAUAUAUACAUGUACAUAUAUAACAACACUGUAAUUAUUUUUUAUAACAGCAAUAUAAUAGUUUAUAUUGCCAUUACAAAACAUCUCGGUUAUAGUUAUAUAACAGUUCAGUUCUACGUUAUAUUUAUGUUAUGUAACUACAACAUCACAUGAGUAGGAAAUUAUAACUAACAGGAAUGUUACAUGUAACGUUCAUGUAAUAUUACCUGUUACAUUCCGUUUUAUUGCAGCAAUGUAAUGGUUAUAUAUUGGUGUUUGCUGGGACAUGAUGUAAAUAAUGUAUACAUAAUAUAAAUAAUAAUGAAAAAAUAUAUAUGGAUGUAAAUAUGGAUGUAAAUAUGGAUGUAAAUAUGGAUGAACACAUUGAUGAAAACAUGAAUCAUCAAAGAGCCGCCGAUAAUUUCAUGCAUUUGGAUGAAGAAAAUGCAAUGGACAUCAUCGAUGAUUUUGAUGAAAAUGUGCUUGAGUUCAUUUUUGAGGAGGAGGAGGAAGAGGAUCACGAGAGCGUGCUGUCCGAAGACAGUCAGUAUAUGAGUGACUGUAGUGAGGAUUUUAACGAAACGCGUGAAAAAGAUGUCUCAAUUGCACAACUGCGAGCGCUGAACAUGCAAACUAAACAUUGUGCCAUUUAUUGUUUCUACAAAACCGAAGAAACAUAUGACACAGGCACAUACAUCGCAUGUGCCGAAUGCAUAAUCGGAGUAGCAUUCACUGAUGCCGAUAAAAUGUCUGCCGUCCGCCAACACCUAACAAACACGGUUUCUGCAAUUAGCGGUAAAUAUUGCUCUAAUUGCAGGAGACCUGUUUUCAUCUUGAUUCCGUGCAACAUUUGUCCAAUAGGUACACAUUAAAACCAUUUACAAUAAUAGUCACAGUCGCAGUUAGAACAAUAGUCGCAGUUACAACAAUAGUUACAAUCUCAACCAUAGUCACCAUACCCACUACUACUUCCACUAUUAAUACAUGGAGGGGCGCACCGUAUAAGAAGAACAUCGCCAUACAUCAAUCGCUCAUUACGAAGAUCCUCACUAUAGUCGCUCAUUACCGAACGGACAACAAAGGACAACGUUGGCUGCUGGAGUCAAAUGGAAAAACGUACUUCCCGAAGAUGAACUACUACGUUCCAAUUCAAGAAAACGAAGCUCAUGAUAAACCGUAGUAUUUCUUAAUUAAAUCAAAUUUUAUUACAUAUUUAUUACAUAUUUAUUACAUAUUUAUUUGGAUUUUAUUUCUAACUCGCAUUUUUUUUCUUUACAGAACAAUAUCUUAGCCGCGCCAUACACCCCGCAUCCUGAGAAGGAGAUUUCCCCUUACGGCUACAUCCUACAAGUACUUGGAAAUGGGAAUCAACGUGGGGCUUGAACCUUUUGUGAAGAUGAUUCUUGGCGACAACAAGAGCAACGAGAUACAACUUUCACGUAAUACCUAGGUAAUGAUGAAUCAGAAACAUACGGAUAUCGAGCGGCUCCUGCAGUCAACAAUCAAUGCAUCGCUAUGGGUUGAUAUUCUUCAUAUAGAAGUUAUCAAAUUACGUAAUGAGUGUGUUAUAAAAUUCACUUUAAAUAACAAAAUUAUGUACAUAAAACUGUACAAUUUUUACUUA